AUGCUGGAUAAUUUAGAUUCAGUAGAAUGGAAUUUCAUUAUAACAAUAACAGAUGUCUUGAAACCUAUUAAAGAUGUUAUAGAAAAAAUGAGUGGUGAAACAUGUCCAACUGUCUCCCAAUAUUAUCCAAUGUAUUUCGCAUUAAUAAAUAUACUUCAGCCACAGCCAACAGCAACUACACUGGUAAGAGAUAUGAGCAAUAGUAUUAGCGAAGCAUUAAAGGAACGAUUCGAGCCUAUUGUACACAGUAAUAACCUGUACUUCAAUACCAUGUUAUUGGAUCCUCAUUUUAAAGAUUACUUAUUACCGACAAAAGAAAGACAUAAAACAAAUAUUAAGUGCAACUAUUUCAGAUAUUUACAAGGAAACAUCAAACUUAUAUAA